AUGGCAGGUGCAUUAAAAAUAUUAGUUCCCCAAACAAAAGUGUUGAUUUCUACGGCUGUCGACCAUUACACGAAAGGUCCUCCACAACCGUCCUGGGACCUUCGGUUCCACCUAACUUUCUCCGUGUUGAAAUCUCUAUGCGCAGGUUGCAUAUACCAGACAAUCGAAAACGCUCAACAAUUAUCUUGCAUGUCUCCUCCUUCACUACCGGCGGGUUUCAUCGAGGAUCGGGUGGUGAUCUCUAAUGAGUAUAGGAGGCGAGCCCAACCUUAUUUGGAAAAGAUUUUAAGUGAAUAUGAACAUGUGCUGGAUGACGAGUGGAAGGAGCUGGAGGAUGAGAAAGAGGUGGAACGGGACAACGAGAAAGAGGAUGUUGUAGGAAAUAGAAAAUGGUUGAGUGCGAAAUGGAUUUAUUCAAAAGAACAAGGAUUUAAAAGAAUGAUGAAUAACAAGAGGGUGAUACUCUAUCUACAUGGAGGUGCCUAUUUCAUGUGUAGCGCGGAUUCUCAUCGAGUUAUCACCGCGAAGAUUGCCGGGGAAGCCGAUGCUCUGGUAUUUGCGGUGAAUUAUCGGCUAGCGCCUCAGCACCAAUUUCCGGCUGCAGUACAUGACGCCUUGGCCGCAUAUCUCUACCUCACUAAUCCGCCCGAGGAUGCUGGUUUCGAAGCAAUUGAUCCUAAACAAAUUGUUAUAAUGGGUGAUAGUGCAGGUGGUGGUCUAGCCAUCGCUCUCGGAUUAUUAAUCAGGGAUAUUGGUAUGCCCUCUGUCCUGAGCCCUCUUUCCGAUAACACUGAUUAUCUUCCCAGUUCCGGCUUCGUUUACAGACCUUCACCAGUCCUAGAUGACUUCCAUCGUAAAUCAGAAGCCUUGUCAAAACGCAUUAAGAAAGAAAAUCGACCUCAAUUCUGGGAUAGUUCGUUAAAUCGUGAAGAACGAGUGCAAUUAUAUGCACCCAAUGAAGCAUUGACGGUGUCUUAUGUGAGUCCGAUGUGUGCUGAGAGUCUGGCGGGACUACCACCCAUGUUGAUACAAACCGGUGAUGGCGAAAAAAUCCGUGAUGAGAUAAUAUAUUUUUCAUUUAAAGCCAGUCAGCCGGAGAAAUAUAAUUUGCCCUCUUAUAACGCAGAAAAAUUUAAAAGGUCACAGUUCAAGACGCCAACAAACGUCACAUUGGAAGUUUAUCAAGACAUGCCACAUGUGUUCCAGCUGUUUGAUUUCAAUGCAUCCGCCAAGGUGGCGUUCAAACAUUCCGGAGAGUUCAUCAAAAAAGUCAUCAAUACAACAAAAGAUCAAACCUCCUCUCUGUCCAAUGACUUUACGCCCUUGCUAAAUCCUAACGAAAGCACAUACUCGCUAAUAACAACCACCGGAGAAGCCGUUCCGUUAAAAGAGAAACAUUACUCGGUGCUGGAGUGGCCUGAGGUUGGCAAGGCACCGGCGGUAGUGAAAUCUAAACCAACGACAACAAAUCAGUAA